AUGGAAUACUGUUCCCAUCUCUGGGCCGGAGCACCUAAGUAUCAGCUCCUUCCAUUUGACCGAAUCCAGCGACGAGCUACACGAUUAGUGGACGACCCUCGUAUAACUGAUCGGCUGGACUCUUUGGCUCUCCGUAGAGAUGUUGCAUCUCUCUGCGUAUUUUACCGCAUCUACCACGGCGAAUGCUCUGACGAACUGUUCGGAACAAUACCAGCUGCUGAAUUUCACCAUCGAACUGCUCGCCACAAGUUGAAAUAUCACCCUCAACAUCUGGAUACUUGGCGCUCAUCCACCGUGCGAUUUAGGAGGAACUUUCUGCCACGCACCACUCCUCUGUGGAACGACCUUCCGAGCUCAGCAUUUCCGGACAGAUACGACUUAGGUUACUUCAAAAAGAGAGCGUACUCUUCCCUAAAAGGCCGGCAACACACCUGCAACCGUACAGGUCUUGUGGGUGAUUAUGGGUGGCGCCAAUCAUCGCAUUAA